UGCGGAUGACCCAGAGGUUGACACCGCCCUCGGCCAGGCAGAGGCAGGCGGCCACCAGCGGGGUGUAGCGGGGCUCCAGCAGCGCCGCCCGCCGCUCCCUCCAUGCCCGCCGCAGCGCCGCGGCCCCCCGACCUGCCGCCAUGCCGCUCCCUGUUUCCGCCCGGAGCGCUCAGCGCGGCGCACCCGGCGCGGGCCGGAAGCCGCACGUGGGGGCGCGGGUGGCACGUGGCGCCCGGUGCUCCCGCCCCGCUCCCGGGCAUGGAGCGGCGGCGGCGCGCGCCCGCCGCCAACCCCCGGUACGGCCGGCGCCGCUUCUGGGACGCUCUGUACCAGCGGGAGGGCGCCGAGACCCGCGAGUGGCUGGGGGGGCUCUCCCGCUUCCUCCCGCAGCUGGAGCCCGAGCUGCGCCCCGGUGACCGUAUCCUCGUGCUCGGCUGUGGCAACAGCGCCCUGAGCCACGACCUGCACGAGCUGGGCUACACCGACGUCACCAGCAUUGACUUCUCCCCCGCCUGCAUCGCUGCCAUGCGCGCCCGCUGUGCCCGCUGCUGCCCCGGCCUGCGCUGGGCUGUCAUGGACAUCCGCGCCCUCGCCUUCCCAGAUGCCUCCUUCGACGUGGUGCUGGAGAAGGGCACUCUCGACGUGCUCGUGGUGGAGGAAACCGACCCCUGGGAUGUCUCUCCCCAGGCAGCUGCCUCGAUGCGCCGGGUGCUGGCGGAGGUGAGCCGGGUGCUGCGCCCAGGGGGCUGUUUCCUCUCCAUCACCUUCGCCCAGCCCCACUUCCGCAAGCCCCACUAUGCCCAGGAGGCCUUUGGCUGGUCCCUGCGCCACACUGCCUGUGGGGACGGGGACGCCGGCGCCUUCCACUACUUCCUCUACAUCAUGCGCAAGGGGCAGCCUCUGGACCCCCGUGAUGUGGCCUUGGGGCGCCGGCUGCACCAGCCCCUCCCGCCCCCUGUCCUGCCGCCGCCCCCUGCCCCCCCGGACGACGACGAGGACUACCUCCUUGCCAUCCAGCUGUGACCCAGGGGGGAUUCUCCGAGCUUUCCCCACCCAACAAAGCCUUAAGCUGCUCCAUCUUCACGGGCAGGGGAUGGGGAAGCAGUGUAUCCCCCCAAAAAAGCUGCCCAGUGAGUGAGUAAUGGGGGGAUACUUGGCCUCCUCCCAGGGGGCAACGGGAUGCUCCAGUGAUGCUGUGCUCCCUCCCUGGCCUUUCCUUGCCUGGCUGGAGAGCAGCCAGGACUCCGGGCUUUGCGGCCGGUAAUGAAACCAAAUCGGGUUUAAUUCCACCCAUCCAUCUUGCGGGGAGUGGCUCCCUACCCCCCCGUCUCUUCCCCUUGGCACAGGCAGCUGGGCUAAGGGCAGAAUGAGGAUGCUGGCACUGGGUGCAGGGGACAGGAUGGGGGGUACCCACUGCUCCAGCCCCCCACCCCAUCGUGCACCAGGACCCCUGCCCCAGCCUCCUUGGCUAUGGGGGUAUGCAAGGACACCGUGUCCUUGUCACCCCCAGCCAGGUGGUGGGGGGUCCAGGCUGGGAUGUGCCAGCAUGGGGCAGGGAGCACCACAGGGCAGGCAGGGUGGCACAUCUGCCCCUGUACCCCUCCAUCCCCACUCUUUGGCUGUGGUGACAACCCCGGUGUGCUGCACACGCCUGGCCCACAUCUGCCAGUGCCUUGGGGCCAGCAGUGCAGUGACAGGCAUGUGCCAGGGCUGGUGACAGGCGUGCCACCGCGUGCUGGCAGGGCUGGCUGCACACGGGUACCGGCAUGGCAGGUGUAGGUGCUACCGGGGUGUCACCAGGGGCUCUCUGGCUACCAGCGCUCCCUGAGGGGGGCACAGAGGGGACCCCUCCUCGGCAGGGCAGUGGUGACAGACCACAGAGGCGCAAGCUGCUGGGCUGCUGUUUCUGCAGAAAGGUGUAAGUGCCUCGGCUGGUGGCUCCCCCCGCACCAGGAAACAGCAAAGCGCUCUGGGGUCAACACCCCACCACUCCCACCGUGGCACCCCACCCCGCAGGCACCCCGAAAACCAGCUGGCAACACAGAGGGACAAAAAGGAGCAGGAAGCUGCCGGCCUCACCUCAGUACAUGAAUGUAUUUUAUUCAUCGCAUUUUGUUCACCAGUACAGUGAAAAAUGGCAUUUAAAUUUACAAUGGAUCGUUUGUAGAACAUCAUGACACAAGUAUCUUUUUUUUUCUUUUU